GGGCUGGGGGGCAGCCUCGCAGAGCUGGAGGAUUCUCUUGCCUGGUUUGCACAUGCCCACGUCUUCUUGAACGCGUUUUCCACUGAGAUCUUGGGAGUAGCAUUUGUUAAACACUUCACAGGACAACCGUUAAAGGUUUUUUUUUUCUUUCCCUUUUUUAGUGGUCCUUUUUGUUGGCCUCCACAAAUCAUCCGACUUGGUGUGUGUUGUUAAAUUACCGAAAUUGAGGUGCUAACGGUCUUAGGGGAAUGCUUCUCGGGCCCAGUAACAAUCCCCAGGGCUUUCUCUUUCCACAUUGAGUCAUACCAGGUACUGAGCCCUUUAUUUCAUCGCCUAAUUGCUUUUGCUUUAUUGUGCUUGGUUAUACUUAGAAUAAAGGUUUAAGGUAAUUGUAAAAGCAUAAACCCACCUUUUAUCCUUUGAUAAAUAUUCAUUUAUUUUAAUUAUCUUUUGGGUGUGUGUUUUAAUCCCAAGGAGUUGUAUCUUCUCCUGUAUAAAGUUUAAUAACUGCGUUGGCUAUUUAACUGCUGUCAGAAUUUGUGCUGGUCUCUUUUUCUUUUUUAACUGUAGUAUCUUGGUAAUACCUUAGAAGAAUCUAUGGUACUAACAGAAUUAAAAGAGUGUCUUUGUAUUUUAAUAAAUUAUCUAGAGUUCUUAAUACAAUUAAUAAUAUAUUAUCUCCUUUGUUAUUUGCUGAAUUAUUUAGUGUUUGAUUUUGCAGACUCCUUUCUUUGAGCUGUUUUAUUCUGGCUGACUUUGUUGGGAGACAAAAUGAGAUAGUCAUAAAUAAUCACUACAGGAAUUUGCAUUUAAAAUUUGUUUUAAUUGUAAGAAUUAAAACGUUGUUAAAUGUUUUAAAGUUAUAGUACAAAAUUAGUAGUUUUUAUAUGGGGUUAAAGUUGAGUAAAAAAGCCCCCAGGCCCCCGAUUCUGACACACAGGUCCCAUAGGUCAGGGUAGAGCUGCCCCAUAGGGUUUCUAGGGAGCGGCUCGUGGAUUCAAACUGCUAACCUUUCCAUUAGCAGCCAGUGCUUAACCACUGCACCACCAGGGCCCCUAAAGUUGGGUAAACCGAUUGCUGUCGAGUUUGUUUCAACUCAUAGCAACCCUAUAAGUCAGGGUAGAACUGACCCAUAGGGUCUCCAAGGAGCGGCUUGUGGAUUCAAACUGCCAACCUUUUGGUUAGCAGCCAAACGCUUAACCACUGCACCACCAGGGCCCCUAAAGUUGAGCAAACCCAUUGCUGUCGAGUCUGCUUCGACUCAUAGCAACCCUAUAGGUAAGGGCAGAACUGCCCCAUAGGGUUUCCAAGGAGCGGCUGGUGGAUUUGAACUGCCAUCUUUUUGAUUAGCAGCCGAAGGCUUACCCACUAUGCCACUGGGGCUGCAAAGUUGAGUAGUGGAGCUAAAGCUAAAGCUAAACAGUGGCAGUGCAGUUUUGAAACUAGUUAUUUGCUUGAUAUACUCUCAGGUUACUUAGGGUUUAGAUAUAACUAUAACUUCCACAGUCACUGUUUCUGAGUGGUCUGAGGAAUUUUAGUACCCUACGUCUUGAAAAAUAGAUAACAAGACAUUACAAUAUAAAAUUGUUGUUUAUUUUCUGAGUGUUUAAAUACUCUUUCAUUGAGAAUGAUUUUCAAUGAUCUCUCAGAAGUCUUUUGCCACAAACAAGGUGUCUUGGUUUAUUGGUUUUGUCUUUCGUUUUUGUAUUUGGUUUUACCCUAGCACCUGUCCUGGAAUUAAAGUUUUGUUUUUCUUUGUUUGUUUAUUUAGCUUCCUGGGAGUUGUUUAUUGUCUUCUGUGAAGAAACAUGAAGUCACACUAUGUGGUCCUGCUUACUCUAGCCAUCCUGAUGUUCCUGAUGGGGGUCCCUGUGUCACUGAGUUGUAACAAAGCGCUCUGUGCUAGUGACGUGAGCAAAUGCCUCAUUCAGGAGCUGUGCCAGUGCCGGCCUGGAGAAGGCAAUUGCUCCUGUUGUAAAGAGUGUAUGCUUUGUCUGGGCACCCUGUGGGAUGAGUGCUGUGACUGCGUCGGUAUGUGUAAUCCUCGAAAUUACAGUGACACGCCUCCAACUUCUAAGAGCACGGUGGAGGAGCUGCAUGAGCCCAUUCCUUCUCUCUUCCGGGCGCUCACAGAAGGAGACACACAGUUAAACUGGAACAUCGUUUCCUUCCCUGUGGCAGAAGAACUUUCACAUCAUGAAAAUCUGGUUUCAUUUCUAGAAACUGUGAACCAGCCACACCACCAGAAUGUGUCUGUUCCCAGCAAUAAUGUUCAUGCACCUUAUUCCAGCGACAAAGAACACAUGUGCACUGUGGUCUACUUUGACGACUGCAUGUCCAUACAUCAGUGCAAGAUCUCCUGUGAGUCCAUGGGGGCGUCCAAGUACCGCUGGUUCCACAACGCCUGCUGCGAGUGCGUCGGGCCCGAGUGCGUCGACUACGGCAGUAAGACUGUCAAGUGCAUGAACUGCAUGUUUUAAAGGGAAGGAAGUGCAGAGCAAAGCAAUUUUGUCAAAUGAAAGGUAUGAAAAGGCAUUCCGUGAAGUGAAGAAGAAGAUAUAAAAGAAUUUGGAAUGCAUUACUUUUAAAAUACAACAAAUCUGGUCACUUGUUAAAUUAUAUGACAAUAGCUGCUCCUGUUACCCUUAUUGUCCACUAGCAGUGAAGCCUUUCCUUUGAUCCUAGCAUCUCUGUACAGCUUUGGUCAUACAAGGAACAAGCAAGUCGCGAAUUCUUUGAAAGAUCUGAGCUUCCAACAUGAAGCUUGAUGCCAUUUGAUUCUAGCAUUCCAGAGCCUUCUGUUUUCAAAGUGUUGGCAGAAGCAUGUUCAAGUAAGUUCUGGUUUGUUCAGUGUGCUCCUGAGACACUGGGUUUUUACAGCUGUACACCACUCUCCACUGGCCUUUCAUUGUUACCUGUUUUAUAAAUUGGCUGCAGUACCUAAAUAUAUCAUUCUGAAAACGCACAUAAAGAUCACCCCAAAAAGCUUAAUUUCAAACCAUAUUAUGUUGGUUUUAGAAAGGAAAUUCUCCCUGUAUUUUACAAUUUAACAGUAAACAUAGUAGAAUCCCUCCUGUAAUACACAACGCUGACAGAGCUGCAGGAAAAAUUCUCAUUCUCUUCCAUUCUCCCUGCCCAUGGCACUUCUGUGGGUUGUGAGGAAGCCUCUUCACGAGGAAUACUGGGUACAUCUAUGGAAUGGCAUUAAAUACACUGCUGGGGUCAAUAAUUAGGAUGCUAAAGCAUGUGUUGUGACUUAAAGAGCUUAAAGAGCACUAGGGAUGGGAAAUGACUGCCAGGACUGCAACUAGAGCACCUGGGACUGGCUUGUCCCCCCUCCCCAAGACCAGGCUGCAAGGCAAGAAUGCUCCCAAGCUCAGAACCGAGCACUUAGAAGGGAUAGGAGGGAACUUAGAGAAGUUACGGGUAUGAAUAGGGCAGACACAAGCUUAGAACUAAUGACAUUGGUUUUUGUUGUGUAAUCUUUCACUUGUUGAGUUUAUAUCUGGAUCUAAUGUUCUUAUUAACAAAGUGUAAUUACAUAGUGAGGUGUUAAGAUUAUGAAACUAAAAACAACUUUGUCCAGGAUGACAGUGGUUUCCAAAUACACUACAGAGUAUUUUGUCAGUUUUUUCUAUAGCUUCAAUAAAGAUAAGCUUAAACACUACGUGCCCUUUCUAGUAAUAAAAUUCCAAUCUUCAAACAUGAAUCUAAAACAAAGAUUUAUAUUACAGAAACUCUUAACUUUAUAAAAUUACUACUUUCUCUCGUGCAUAUUUGAAUUACAAGUAACUUUUUAGGAACACCUCUUUAUAUGUCUGAAUGUUUUAGUAUAUACAAAUAGACAAUGCUCUUGGAUAUAUUUUGUAUUAUUCAUUAUAUAAACACAAGUUAAUGUUAUGUAAUGUUAUGAUUAACUAUUACAAAAUUUAAAGCCUUGAUACCUUUUCUGCUCUUUCAGAUAACUGUAAUGAAUACAGCCAAGGUACUUUAACCUCUUCAAAUGUUAUAGUUUAGCUCAUGAAUGUAUUUUUUAACAGGGAAAAAAUUGGGGUAUUCUUUUCUUCCUUUUAUGUAGGGUUCCUCCUUGAAAGUUCCUUGAAGAUGUUUUAGCUCUGCUUCUUAAUUAAUACGUAUACAGCUGAGGGUUUUCUUGAACUUAAGAAAAAGUUUUAAAAGAAUUUGUAGUCAGCUGCUUCAUUUCAACUUGGUUCUUUUUCAAAGUAAUUUCAUACCUAUGAAUAGAAGUAUGUUUUCAUGUUUAUUGACAGUGUGCUUCUUAUUUCCUUAAAUAUACUUGUAAACUGGUGUCUCAUCUUUUUGGGGUCUUCAUUAUUGAGUUUUAAAAUGUAAUAUUUCUGUUUUUCCCCCUACAUUGGGAGGAUGGUUUCUUGAACCAUGUUAUGUUCUGUUUUGCUUACCUCUUUUUCUCCCACUAGACAUUAUCCCUAAAUGUAAUAGUUUUUUAUAUUCAAAGUUUGCUUAAUUUUUGUGAUUUACAAAGGGGUUGAAAGAAAGACAGAAGUACAGUAUGGUCUGUCAUAUAAAAGAUUCCAUUUCUGGUUCUGUAAUGUUCUUUAUAUUUUGAGUAACAACAUUUUUCCAAUUUAAGAGUGUAACAUUGGGGAAACCCUUAGCCUCACCAAAAUUUAGACCUACUAUUAACAUCCUAAAGAGCCCUGUUGGCGCAGCGGUUCAAGUGCUCAACUGCUUGCCAAAAGGUCGGCAGUCCAAACCCACCAGCUGCUCUAAGAGACAAAGAUGUGGCACUCUGCUUCUAUAAAGACGACAGCCUGGGGAACCUGAUGGGUUUGCUAUGAGUUGGAACUGACUCAACGGCAGUAGGUUGGUUUAUUAACAUCCCAAAGCAUAAUUAAUUCACUUCUGUAUUGAAGUUUUGGUUUUAAAAAAUUUUUUUUCCUAUAAAUUUUUAUAACCAACCCCCACUUUCAAAAAAAAAAAGAAAUAGCCCAGUAGAUUUUUAAACCAGCAGCGUUUAUAAAGACCAUAUCAAAAAGGUUCUUUCCUGUAGUAAGAUGUCUACUUGCUGGUGGAUUUUCUCUUUUUCCCACAACAUCUAAUUACUGGAACUGUACUCAUAAUAGUGGUACCAAAUCAAAUGAUAAUUUAAAUAAAAUCUAGUCUAUGUUUACAAAGACAGCAAUAAAUUAAAGGGGGGGGUCUUCAUUUAGAAAUGUGACUUCUAAAGUUUCAGAAGACAAAAUUUAUGUUAGGAUAUUUGAACAAUUAUUUAUAAAUCAGAGGGUAUCAAAAUGGAGAAGAGACACCAGAACUUUUCUGGAAAAGUAGGUAGAUAUAAGUAAGCCACAUUUUUAAAGUUCGUUUUUAUGGAAGCCUCUCUGAAAAAAAAGAGUUUUAAAAUCUAUUCUGCCUUCCCAAGAGUGUAUUUUAUCGCAUUUCACAUGACCUAUAACAUAAAAUUAGACAUUUUUCUUUGGUUGUCCCUAUAAACAAAAGAAAACAAAAUGAUUAUUUUAAUAAAACAUUGAAAUGCGCAAUGAGUGUGUCAUGUUUUGUUAAUUUCAGCCUAUUUUUGUUGUUGUUAGCUGAUGUUGAGUCAGCCCCUGACUCAUGGCAACCCCUAGCUGAACUGCUCCAUAGGGUUUUGUUGGCUGUAAUCUCUGUGGAAGCAGAUCACCUGGCCUCUUUCUCCGAGUCGCUGGGUAGGUUCAAACCUCCAACCUUUGGCAAACUGCUUGCGCCACCCAAGCUCCUAAUUUCAGCAUAGAACCCCAGGAUAAGUUUGACGUUUUUCUCUAGCAAAGUUAGUGUUUAAGAUGUCAGCUGAAGCUUGUCCUUCUCUGUCUGGAUGUCCUAACCUCCCCCACCUCCCCCCGGCCAAAAAAAAAAAAAAAAACCCAUUGCUGUCAUGUCGAUUCUGACUCAUGGCAACCUGACGGAUUCUUUUGAAACAAGUGAUCUUUAACAGGUUGCUCUCUGCUUUUCACAUGCUUUAGUCCAAUAUGGAGGAAACUUUGAUAUGAGCUACUUAACCGUUCUCCUUUCUCUGGGGACCUUCUGAUGCCAACCAGCUCUACAAAAACUGUAUCAUGGCUGGAGUGAGUUACAAGGAGAUCAAGUCCAACCCUUCACAGAGAUUCUCACAGGGUCAUAUUACUGUUAGAAUUGGGAGCCAUAGACUGGACUAUAGUGGUAAAAUUGACGUUAUGUCGCAGAAUCUGCAUUUUGACAGCCUACAGAAUAUAGGUGUCUCUAACAAAAGGGGAAAAAUUCAAGGGUAGGUUGCCAGCCUGAGUGCCUUAGUAGAAUUUGUUCCAAGAAGAGACAGUAUGUUUGAUUAGGAAAAUUGCUAAUUUGCUGACAGUGUCCAAAUACCUGGUAGUCCUGUGGACCUGAAAGUGAGAACCUGGAGCUGGAGGUGCAGAACUGGAAGGAAAAUGACUUUGAAGAGACCUGAGGGCAGUGGGGACAAUGCCUGUGGGUGGUCUCACCCUUUCAGGCCACUCCAAACCUUGCAAAUUUUGAGUUGAUGAAGCCAGCAGACAUCAUUGUUAGCUCGUUGGUGUUAGGGAUUACGGCUUCUGCAAGAUUCAGCUUUUUCCUAAUCAAUUAAAAACAAAUUUGUUUGCAUGCUUCUGUUUUAAAGUCUAUGCUUGAAGCCUGCAGUCAGCAAUACCUCCAAGGUUCAGCUUUGGAGAUGAAAAUUCUCAGUGCAGAACUAAAGAAGGACAGCUUUCUAGUUUUCCUUCCGGAGUGAGCCUGGACAAGCAGGGAGCCUCACAGUAGUCAGAGUGACAGAAAUCCCAGACUCGACUAAACUCACCAGCUGAAAUACCUUUAAGGCAAAAAUGAUUGCAUUUUCCGCCCUCCUAACUGACAUGCUUCACACCGCAACCAAAGUAAAACAACUGAGACAAUGCCCAUGCCCCCGCCGCUUCCUGCUCUGACCCCCAGUUCCAAGGGAGUAGUAAGGCCUUUGUGCCCCUGGGCCUACCAAGGUUGGGGUUACCCAGUGGGAAGGAGGAUCACAGGAGACAACCUGCCUCUUGUUUUCCAGAAGCCUCACCUCUAGGGGAUUUGCCUGAGGGGAGGGAAGAGGCUAUAGUGGGAGGAGCUGCCCAGACCGGCCAGGGCUCUAGGACCACCUGAGGGCCCCGGGAGGCUCGCAGCACCCGGAGCUGCCUCAUCCCCGUGUUUCAACCAAGGACUACCAGCAGCCCUGCCUCCGCGUCUGAAGUGACACGUUGCACACUUGGGUUUGUGGAUGUCUUGAUUCCUGAGCGUGGCUCACUCCAAGGCACUGAGCCCUCAGCCACAUCCCAGCCUCUCGCCCCCGCCCCGCCACCCUCCAUAGCUCCUGUUCAUCAGCACCUCGUUUCUACCUGUGGUUCUGCGUUGGCCAUGUCCUCUUUUGUGCAGCUUUUGAUCCACAUUCCGGGUCCUGGACCUCAUGCAGGUCUUCAGCUCAAUGUCACCUUGAUGGAGAGGUCCUUUCUGAACACCAUUUCUGAAGUAGCAGCGACCUCUAUGCCACUAUGCUGUUUUAGUUCUUUGAAUAGCUGGUAGCUAUCCAGAAGUACUUAUCUGUAGUUACACUUGCCAUCUGUUUUCCACUAGAAUGUGUGAUUGGUGGGUAGGGGCCUUGUUCCUUUUGUUCAUCACUGUCCCAAACAUAGCACCCCAGUGCUCUAAAGCAUCCAACACUUGAGAGGCACAAAAUAUUUUCUGGAUGGGUGAAUGAUACUGGAUCGUACCACGCUUCUGCUCCUAGUCACCCUCAGAUAAGGCCUGGCUCCUCCACAUGCAUCAGGCCCGGCAGCCUGGCCCUGGUCUCCCUCAGGCUGGCCUCUCCACAUCCCACAGUCUGCUCUGCAGUGUCCGUGAACUGUUUUCUGUUCCUUUGUAAAUGCGGCUUCAUCAGCCCGGAGCCCCCUUGCCUCUGCCCCUCCCUCUGCCCUUUCAUUGACUGACUCACCAGGGCCUCAGCUCAGCCGGCUUUGGUGGUUUAGACUCUAACCCAGGGCGUGCCUCACCAGUGUCCUGCCCUGCGCCAUAACCCGGCUCAGGAGGUAACCCUGCACUGCCGGUUACCACUUCCCUCCUGGCGUCCAGGUUCUGAGUAUUGCGCAUGCAUCUUCAGGCAUGUGGCUUAGAGUCUUUCUGGAUUGCUGAGCCAUGGGGGCUCCUGCGGAGACCGGGGCUUCUCUGGCAACCAUGCAUGUUGUUGACGUGAUUUUUUUUUUGGUGUCCUUGAGGGCAAUUUCUAUUUGCAGGAGACUAUUCAGAAGUUAGUUUUUCUUUUAAAAAUUAAUAUUCAAUUUAAUUUACGAAAGAGAAAUUUAGUUCUUCCAUAAGCUUUCAAAAACAGUUUACAGAUAAACCUUCAUCUAAAGUACCAUUUAAAAAAAGUUCACAAACAUUAUUUCUAUCUAGCAAUCUUAGAGUCUGUAUCUAACAGUCACUUUCCCAGGCUUUUCAGUCAGUGUUUGCUGAGUACUUACGUUGUGUUUUAGCUGUGGUUCAGGGUAGGAUUCUCACCGUCCAUGCUGGAGACCGAGGUUCAGUUCCUGGCCACGGCACCUCCUGCACAGCCACCACCCAUCUGUCAGUAGGAGCUUGCAUGCUGAACAGACUUCAGUGGCUCUUCCAGAUGGACUAGGAAGAAAGGCCUGGUGAUCUACUUACAAAAAUCAGCCAGUGGAUCACAGCAGGACAAUCUUCACCCAGUCGUGGGGUUGGCACAGGGCUGGGCAGAGCCUGAGGUUGCCACGAGUACUUACACAAUUAAACUCACAAAUAAGGUGAGCCCACUAAGAGUUCCAAUUCUGCACAUAUACUUAGUAAAACUUCAACUUAAGUCUAAUUCAAUUACUCAAUUAAAUAUUUUCAUUAGCACAGUUUCGAAGCUGUGCUCUAAUAAAUCCUCUGCAACAUUCGAUUAUGUCAGUUCUUACCACAUCAAUAUUAAUAACUUGGUUUUGAUUUUCUAAUCCUAGAGUCCCUAAAUCAUUCCAAGGUUGAAAAACAGGUUUCCAUUAAGCAAGACAGCUAACUGAGGUUUCUUAAUGGCCUCAAUAAAAAUGGAUGCCAGAAAACUUUAAAACCGAUAAAGGCUAGAUUAGAGGACAAGGCUAGCAAAGAUUUAGCCAGAUAUGCCUCCAAAAACGUGGCCUCAAGGAGGGCUUGCCCCUGGAGGAGCACUCACUACCAAGAGGAAGCGUAUGCCCAGUUUUCUUCCCAAAUUUUCCAGCUAGACAGGUCAUCCCUCUGCUCAGGGGCAGAAUAAAUAUAGGUGCAAAGAAAGGUCCAAAGGUGCGCAAAAUCAUUUUCCACCCACAAGGAAACAUCAGGUUUAGGGAAAAGUGUUCUCAGUGAAUAGUCCCAUCAUCCAAAUCCCUUAGAUCCAAAUUAUACACGUUACUUACAUCUUCCCAACUUCUCAGAGAAGUCUGCACUUCUCGCCUAGGUCAAUGACUUGAUCAGAUUUUGCAUAUCUUUUGGCUCUUAAGAUACUUUUUUGCACAGUACGCUUUGAUGGAAUCCUCAAGUAUAGAAAUGCCUUUUAGGACUAACUCUUUAGAGCUUUGAGCCUGAUGAAAUCUUGUAUCUUUUCAGGUUGCUGGGAUCAUUUAUUCUCAAAUGAUACCGUACUGAAUUUGGGUUGUCUCAGAUGGCUUUGCCCACAACUUCAAGUUCUUUCUAUGGAAUCCCGUUGUCACCAGAGAUUUCCAGAGGACCCUGGUGGCAUGGUAGUUAAGUGCUACGGCUGCUAACCAAAAGGUCGGCAGUUCACAUCUACCAGGCGCUCCUUGGAAACUAUGGGGCAGCUCUACUCUGUCAUAUAGGGUCGCUAUGAGUUGGAGUCAACUCGACAGCAAUGGGUUUGCCUUGGGUUUAUUCCCAAGAGUUUUUCAUGGCUGACCAUAGGCCCUCUUUCAUAAUCUCCCACUUCCACUCCCACCAGGGUCCUCGCUUACUUUUUUUUUUUUUUUAACAAAUAAUCAUAGAGACCUAAAGUAAUCGAAGUUUAAACAAUUAGGGUGGUGUUGUUUGUUUUGGUUUUGUUUUUCUCUCACAUAACACAAAGUCUGAAGACAAGUAGUCCAGGGCUGCAACGGGGCUCCACGUUGUCACCAGAAACUAACCCCCUUUGUUUUGCUCUGCCAUCCUCAAAUUUGUCUCAUGGUCUCAAGACUGAAGUUGCCUUCUGGAGCACCAACCAUCGUAUAUACUUUCCAAAAAUGAAGAAGGACAUUACUGCAAAAAAAAAGAAUCUACACCUCCAAGCUAAGUCAACGUUUAAGAAGUCUGCCAACAACUUCCCCUUACAUCUCAUAGGAGACCACUAGUCGCAAGAGUGACAAGGAAAUGUUGCCUGAAUAAAAAUCAGGAUUCUGUUUAGUAAGGAGAAAAUGAAGGAGGAGGAGAAUGAUAGGUAUCAGUCAGUCUCUGCUAUAUGUGUUGCCUAUGGCAUCUGAACCCCUCCCAUUCAUAGCACUUACCACUCUGUGUUAUAAUUGCCUCUUUACUUGGCUGUGUACCCCUCACCAGAAUGAGAUUGUGUAUCCGCCUUGAAAAUACAAAACUAGCUCUUGGUCCAGCUAGGAAAUUAUUACUUCUACACAAAGUGGCAAGGAGCCCCAGUGGCACAGUUAAGUGGCUCAAACCCACCAGCCACUCCAUAGGAUAAAGAUGCGACAAUCUGCUUCCGUAAAGAUUACAGCCUAGGAAAACCUAUGGGGCAGUUCUACUCUAUCUUUCAGGGUUAGUGGGUUCAUUUUUUUUUUUUUUUCAAGAGUGGCAGGUCAAGAAGAUUGAGGUUUUUAUGAAUAAAGAGGCACAACUUAAAAUAAUCUAAAUAAAGCUGGCUAAUAGCAAUUUCCAGGUGGGUUGAUUCUAAAGUGUAUAUAUGUUGGAUAACUUAUUUCAAGUGUUAAAACUGGCCUCUUUAUUUGUGAAAUAAGGUAUCUAAUUGAAUUUAGUUACAUUUUCAUCUUGGUUGAAUUCCUCUAGAAAAGAUUGAUGUUUUCUAGUUUCUUCUGCUCUAUUUGGAGGUGAAAUAAAUUACUUCUUUUAAGAGGGAAAGCAUAUGUAGUCCAUUAUUAGACCAGUUUGUUGAACCUUCAUUGAUUAGUCCAAAGUGAUUUUCAUCUUUGAACAAAGAAGCCCAGCCUUGAGACUUUUCUGUAUUAAAAUCAUAGAACAAUGACUCUUCCUUCUGGUUUCUAAAGUAGUCUUGCAGGACAGAAUGACCUAGAGUAAUGCUGUCCAAUAGACAUAUAAUGUUAAAUCACAAAUGUGACUCACAUAUGUAAUUUUAAAUUUUCUAUUGUUGCUGUUAGGUACAGUCAGGUCGAUUCCGGCUCAUAGCAACUCUUUGACAAAACAAAACACUGCCUGGUCCUGCACCACCCUCACAGUCAUUGCUAUUUUGAGCCCAUUGUUUCAGCCACUGUGUCAGUCCAUCUCAUUGAGGGUCUUCCUCUUUUUUGCUGACCCUCUGCUUUACCAAGUGUGAUGUCCUUCUCCAGGGACUGCUCUCCUGAUAGCAUGUACAAAAUACAUAAGAUGAAGUCUCGUCAUCCUUCUAAAGAGCCUUCUGGCUGCACUUCUUCCAAGACAGAGUUGUUCGUUCUGGCAGUCCAUGGUAUAUUCAAUAGUAUUUGCCAACACCAUAAUUCAAAAGCAUAGUUCUUCUUCAGUCUUCCUUAUUGUCCAGCUUUCAGAUGCAUAUGAGACCAUUGAAAAUACCACAGUGUCUCAAUGACCUAGUGCUGCUGUAAAAAAAUUCCACAAGUGGAACUUCUAACAAAGAGAAAUUUAUUCUCUCACAGUCUAGUAGGCUAGAAGUCUGAAUUGAGGGCGUGAGCUCCAGGGGAAGUCUUUCUCUGUCAGCUCGAAAGGAAGGUCCUCCUCAUCAGUCUUCUCCUGGUCUAGGAACUUCUAAGUGCAGGGGCCCCAGAUCCAAAGGGCACACUCUGCUUCUGGCACUACUUUCUUGGUGGUUUUAGGUCCCCAUAUCCCUCUGUCACUUCUCUCUUUUAUAUCUCAAAAGAGAUUGACUCAAGAUACAACCUAAUUUUGUACAUUAAGUCCUGCCUCAUUAACAUAAUUGCCUCUAAUCCUGCGUCAUUAAUAUCAUAGAGGUAGGAUUUACAACACAUAGGAAAACCAUAUCAAAUAACAAAAUGGUAGACAAUCACACAAUACUGGGAAUCAUGGUCUAGCCAAAUUGACACAUUUUGGAGGGACACAAUCCAAUUCAUAACACAUGGCUUAGGUCAGGUGCACCUUAGUCCUCAAAGUGACGUCUUUGCUUUUUGACACUUUAAAGAGGUCUUUGGCAACAGACUUGCCCAAUGCAAUAUGUCAUUUGAUUUCUUGACUGCUGUUUCCAUGGACGGUACUUGUGGGUCCAAGUAAAAUGACAUCCUUGACAACUUCAGUCUUUUCUCCAUUUAUCAUGAUGUUGCCUAUUGGUCCAGUUGUGAGGAUUUUAAUUUUCUUUAUGUUAGGUGUAAUCCAAACUGAAGAUCUUCGUCAGUAAGUACUUCAAGCAAGCAAGCUAGCAAGCAAGCAAGGUUGUGUGUGUCAUCUGCAUAUUGCAGGUUGUUAAUGAGUCUUCCUCCAGUCCUAAUGCUGCAUUCUUCUUCAUAUACUCUCCAGCUUUUUGGAUUAUUUGCUCAGCGUACAGAUUGAGUAUCUGUGGUGAAAGGAUACAACCCUGACACCUUUCCUGAUUUUAAGCCACGCAGAAUCCUUAGAAGCAAGGAUGGUGAGACUUCUUUGUCUCACAUACUUUGGACAUGUUAUCAGAAGGGACCAUUCCUUGGAGAAGGACAUCAUACUUGGUAGAGGGUCAACGAAAAAGAGGACGGCCCUCAACAAGAUGCACUGACACAGUAGCUGCAACAAUGGGCUCAAGCAUAACAAUGAUUGUGAGGAUGGUGCGGGACUGGGCAGUGUUUCAUUCUGUUGUACAUGAGGUUGCUAAGAGUCAGAACUGACUCGAUUGCACCUGAAAACAAGAACAACAACAACAGUAACCCCUUGUUCUGUUUGCACGACUACCUCUUAAUCUAUGUACAGGCUCCACAUGAGCACAAUCAAGUGUUCUGGAAUUUCCAUUCUUCUCAAUGAAUAUUCAUAAUUUGUUAUGAUCCACAUAGUUGAAUCCCUUUUCAUAGUCAAUGAAACCCAGGUAAACAUCUUUCUGGUAUUCUCUGCUUUCAGCCAAGGUCCAUCUGAUAUCAGCAAUAAUAUCCUUCGUUUCACAUCCUCUUAUGAUUCAGACUUGAAUUUCUGGCAGUUCCCUGUGGAUGUACUUCUGCAACCAUUUUGAAUGAUCUUCAACAAAAUUUUAUUUGGAUCUGGUAUAUAUAAUGAUAUUGCUCGAUAAUUUCCACAUUCCGUUGGAUCGCCUUUCUUUGAAAUGGGCACAAAUAUGGACCUCUUCCAAUCCCUUGCCCAGAUAGCGGUCUUCCAAAUUUCUUGCCAUAGGUGAAUGAACGCUUCUAGCUUUGCAUCCAUUUGUUAAAACAUCUCAGUUGAUAUUCCGUCAAUUCCUGGAGCCUUCGUUUUCACAAAUGCCUUCAGUGCAGCUUGGACUUCUUCCUUUAGUACCGUCAGUUCUUGACCAUAUGUUACCUCCUGAGAUGGCUGGACAUCAACCAAUUCUUUUUGGUACAGUGACUCCGUAUUCCUUCCAUCUUCUGUGAUUCCUUCCUGCAUCGUUCAAUAUUUUGUGCACAGAAUCCUUCAGUAUUGCAACUCAAGGCUUGAAUUCUUUUCCUUAGUUCUUUCAGCUUGGUAAUUGCCAAGCACGCUCUCUUUUGGUUUUCUAACUCCAGGUCUUUGCACAAUUCAUUAUAGUGAUUUACUUUGUCUUUGCAAGCUACCCUUUGAAAGUUUUUGUUCAGCUCUUUUACGUCAUUAUUUCUUCCAUUUGCUUUAGCUACUGUGCAUUCAAGAGCAAGUUUCAGAAUCUCUUCUGACAUCCAUUUUGGUCCUUUCUUUCUUUCCUGUCUUUUUACUGACCUUUUGCUUUCUUCAUGUAUGAUGUCCUUGAUGUCAUCCCACAACUUGCAUGGUUUUUGGUCAUUAGUGUUCACUGCAUCAAAUCUACUCUUGGGAUGGUCUUUAAAGUCAGGCGGGGUAUACUCAAGGUCAUACUUUGCUGUCAUAGACUUUUUAAAAAUUUUCUUCAGCUUCAGCUUGAACUUACAUAUGAGCAAUUGGUGAUCUGUUCUGCAGUCAACCCUCGGCCUUGUUCUGACUGAUGAUAUUGAGCUUUUCCAAUGUAUCUUUGCACAGAUAUCAGUUUGAUUCCUGUGUGUUCCAUCUGGCAAGGCCCACAUGUAUAGUUGCCAUUUAUGUUUUUGAUAAACGGUAUUCCCAAAGAAUACAUCAUUGGUCUUACAAAAUACUAUCAUGCAAUCUCCAGCGUGAUUUCUAUCACCAAGGCCAUAUUUUCCAACUACUGACCCUUUUUCUUUGUUUCCAAUUCUCGCAUUCCUGUCACCAGUAAUUAUCAAUGCAUUUUGAUUGCAUGUUUGAUCAAUUUCAGACUGCAGAAGUUAGUAAAAAUCUUCAAUUUCAUAGUGGUUGGUGGUUAAAUUUGAAUAAUAGUGGUAUUAACUGGUCUUCCUUGUAAAAUAAAAAAAAUAUAUAUAUAUUUUUUUAGGCUUAUGGAUAUUAUCCUAUCACUGACAUCAUUGUACUUCAAGAUAGAUCUUGAAAUGUUCUUUUUGACAGUGACAGGGACACCGUUUCCCUUCCAUUUAUCAUUCCUGGCAACGUAGGACCAUACGAUUAUCCAAUUCAAAAUGGCCAAUACCAGUCGAUUUCAGCUCAUUAAUGCCUAGGAUAUCUAUCUUCAAACAUUCCAUUUCAUUUUUGACAACUUCCAAUUUUCCUAGAUUCAUACUUUGUACAUUCCAUGUUCCAAUUAUUAAUGGAUGUUUGUAGCUGUUUCUUCUCAUAUUAAGUCUUGCACAUUAGUAAAUGAAGGUUCUGAAAGCUUUACUACAUCCGCAUCAUUAAGAUGGACUAUACGUUGAGGAGGCAGCUCUUCCCCAGUCGUAUUUUGAGUGCCUUCAAAUCUGAAGAGCUCAUCUUCUGGCACUAUAUCAGAAAGAGUUCCGCCGCAAUUCACAAGGUUUUCACUGGCCUUUUUUUU